CGAAACUUGGACAUGUAGAUGUAGGUGAACCUGCGAACAUCUUUGGUCCAUUGAUUUGAUUUGAAAGGUAAGGUAGUAAUUAUUAAUUGUGUAAUAAUUGAGUUGAGGAAGCUGCAACUGCCUGCAAGAUCGAAAUGGGUUUCGUUGUAACUUCGCUAAUCUUCCUACUCAUCGGAAUCAUAGCAUCCCUUUCUACAAGAAUUUUCUUCAAUAAAGGACCUUCUGCUAAUCUAUUUCACCUAACUUUGGUCCUUACUUCAACAACAUGCUGCUGGAUGAUGUGGGCGAUUGUAUAUCUGGCACAGAUGAACCCUCUCAUAGUUCCCAUCUUGAGUGGCGAAUAGUUCUGUAUAAACAAAUGUAAAUCCUCAAGUAGAGUACAAAUCACACAUUGGCUGCUUGAGAAAAUAUAAUUUCAACUCUCAUGAAUCAAUAUAUUCUAUGGAUCGACAUAUUUCUCGUUCGAUAGUGGCAUUUCAAUCGUAUCUUCCUUUGCUGCAAGACAUUACCAAUGUUGUAUAAUUGAUGUAUUUAAGUUCCAUCCGUUUCAUAAGUUAGUAAAUAGUUGGGGUAUGUAUUAUUAGGGAAAUAAGUUGAUCAAUGUUAAAUAUUUGGUUUUUGUAUUUAUAUGAAGAAAUUAAGCUAUGAUAUGAUACUUGAGAGGGAGAAAUCAUUCAUCCAAAUAUUGUUCUUAUAUGUAUUAUGUAAUGUAUGUAUGAUCUAUGAUUCUGAAAAAUAGAAUGAGUUGUUUUAUUUUA